AAUCUUUUCGAAAUUUGUGUAAAACAGCUUCAGUUUACACAAAAAUAGUGAAAGAUAGGGGCAAAUCCUCGUGUAUUAGGAGUAGUAACAUAGUUCCCUUACAACUGACAAGACAAAUAUACAUAUCAGGUGGUCCACUGUGUACAGGGGAUUAUGAAUGGCAGGACCCAAAAUCAGAAGAUGAAGUGGUAAAUAUAGUCUAUAUUGAAAAAGAUGGAAGUAAGAAAAAUAUACGGGGUAAAGUGGGAGACAAUGUAAUGUAUCUCGCCCAUAGAUAUGGAAUAGAAUUAGAAGGUGCGUGUGAGGCAUCACUAGCUUGCAGUACAUGCCACGUCUAUGUUGAUGAAGAGAACUUUGAUAAACUUCCAGAACCAGAUGAAAAGGAAGAAGACAUGUUAGACAUGGCAGCAUUUUUAAAAGUCAAUUCAAGACUUGGAUGCCAAAUAAUAUUAGAUAAACAUUUAGAAGGAAUGGAGUUAGAACUACCAAAAGCUACUAGAAACUUUUAUGUUGAUGGCCAUGUUCCGCAACCCCACUAGCACGUAAUAAUAGGAUCUCUACUGCAUCAACUCAAAUUUUUACUCAGACAACUCAUGCUCCUUGAAUGUAUCCAGGGAGUAGGUCUGGGUUCACAGAUGACCAUAGUCAUAUAGCCUGUUUCCAUUAUUAUACUAUGUGAGAUAGAUGUGAUGCAGAGUUCAAUACUUCUAGGCACAAAACUUCAUAUACUCGUAACACAUAUCAUGAAUGUGGUGGCCUGUAUGAGCCUAUAUAUGGAUAUCACAUAAUAAUCACAAUAUACUAGUAACACUAAAACCUGUAGCCUAUAUCUGAACAUCCCUGUAAUCUGAACACCUCUCUAUAUGAAAUUAAUACUCUCA